AAGCUCUAAGAUCUAAUAAAUGUGAAUCAUGAUAAGUUCAAUUUACAAAUGCAGUAGAUGUGGAUAAUGAGAAGUUCAAUUUACAAAUGGAGUAUAUUUUAAGAUCUUCAACUCGAAUCACAUCAUUAUCAAAUCAUUAAUAAUUAUGGAGAAAAAAAUGUUAAGUUUUUUAGAAAUUAUUUGAAGUUAAUUUUCACUAAUUAUAUUAAAAUUAAAAAGAUUUAAGAUACAUCUACUCAUUAUUAUUUAUUAUUUUAUCAUUGCGUGCAUAGUAUCCAAAAUAUUUCGUCCCAAGAAAAAGAAAAAGCUCCGAAGAGAAGGCGAAUAUGGCGUCGACGCCGAUUCAACCGUACGGAGAUUUGGACUCCACUCUGAGGGCCAUGGCAGGCCGCGCUGAGGGCUUCGGCCGCCUCGCCAUUGGUGGCCUCCACGGUCCUCUCUAUUUGGUUACCUCCCUUUCAGAUGAUGGUCCUGGCUCGCUACGCGAAGGAUGUCGUAGAAAGGAGCCGCUGUGGAUUGUUUUUGAAAUUUCAGGUACAAUUAAUCUUUCGUCAUACCUGAGUGUGUCCUCUCAUAAGACAAUAGAUGGAAGAGGCCAGAGGAUUAAAUUGACUGGGAAAGGCUUAAGACUGAAAGAAUGUGAGAAUAUAAUUAUAUGCAAUCUUGAGUUUGAGGGGGGACGGGGUCAUGAUGUAGAUGGGAUUCAGAUAAAACCAAAUUCUAGGAAUAUUUGGAUAGACCGUUGUAGUCUUCGAGAUUACGAUGACGGACUUAUAGACAUCACAAGACAAAGCACGGAUAUCACUAUAUCUAGAUGCUACUUUGCACAGCAUGACAAGACCAUGCUAAUUGGAGCUAACCCGUCACAUGUUGGCGAUAGAUGCAUUCGGGUGACGAUUCAUCAUUGUUUCUUUGAUGGAACACGGCAGAGACACCCUCGUGUGAGAUUUGGAAAAGUUCAUCUGUACAACAAUUACAUCAGAAACUGGGAAGUCUAUGCAAUUUGUGCUAGUGUCGAGGCCCAGAUAUACUCGCAAUGCAACAUAUAUGAAGCAGGAACUAAGAAAAAAGCUUUUGAAUUUUAUACCGAAAAGUGGUUGUUUAGGCGGAAGACAAAGAAGAUCAGGAGUCCGGCUUCAUAAUAUCCGAAGGAGACAUGCUUCUGAAUGGUGUCCAGCCAUGCAUGCCACCGGAAUCUAAAGAAGAAACCAUGUUUCAUCCUAGUGAAUAUUACCCAACUUGGACAAUGGAAGCAGCUACAGAUUCUCUCAGGGAGGUUAUCCAGUUAUGUACAGGUUGGCAGUCCAUUUGUAGGCCAGUAGACAAUAUGUUAUGAAGUUGUCUGUAAAAUGUUCACACUACAUUGUUCUUAGCUCCAUCACCAUAUAUAAGAUCUCAUUGAUCAUAUCACAGAAAUUAAAAGAGUGAUUAAGUUGGUUCAUUUUGCUUCA